AUGGAUAGAGUUAGAUAUGAGCAAGCUAUUAAACUAAUUGAAAAAUUGACAAAGUCCGAACUACAAGAAUGUAUCAGAGAAAUUAAUACAUCGUCAGCUCAACAGAUCAAGAUCAAAACCCAAGGAAAUAAAGCUAUUUUAAUUGAAAAUUUAUUAAAUCAUUUAAAAACAACAUUUUUAUCAAACGAUUGCCAUAACCCAAACAGCAACCUGAAAUUUAAAACAUCUCCAUUUAUUAUAAUUAAUGGACAAUUAGGACCGACAAGGAUUUGCACUGAGAAAAAAAAUGUUAUUCAUUUGAAUUUUCGUCUUGAUCCAAGUCAAGUCGAAGUAUUGAAAACAAGGCAAGAAGCGUUGAUUGAAUUCCCAAAUCUUUGUCUGAUUAAAGUCAACAAAACAAAUGUUGAUGCUGUAAUUAUCAUCACAUUAGAUCUCAUGAAAUUAAGUUUAAAGAAUAGACCUGGGACAGUUCAUCCUCAAGAUAUAACGGAGCUCUGCAAAAAAGAUUCAUCAUGUGAAAAUAAGAUUGAAUUUCAUUAUGAAAAUACUUCAAAAGAUUAUAUACUUAUGUUAUAUUUAGUGAAAAAGGUAACGGUAGAAGAGAUUGUUAAUAGAAUUAAAAAUGGAAAGUAUAUCUCAAAAGAAAUUGUUCUAGAGAAAAUUAAAAAAUCACGUCAAGAUUCUGAGGUUGUUGCAACUUCGAGUGUAGUUUCAUUGAAGGACACGUUGUCACAUAGUAGAAUUAAUUUACCAUGUAGAUCAAUCCAAUGCAAUCAUCUUCAAUGCUUUGACGUUUACUCAUAUUUUAAGAUGAAUGAACAGACUCCUACUUGGACAUGCCCAAUAUGUCAUAAAAUACUUGAUUCAUGGGAAGAAAUUGUAGUUGAUGGUGAAGACAAUUCAUCUGAAGGUGACUCAGGUUCAAGCCCAGGCUCAGAUUCAUCUAAUUUGUCAAAUUCACCCAACGCUGAUUCAGAUAAUUCAGAUGAAAAUGAUUCAGAUGAUGAGUCAGAUGACAAUGAUUAUAAGCAUGCUAAAAAUAAGAAUAUUAAAAACAAUGUUACAAAUAAUAGAAUAUUCAAAAAAUCAAAUAGUCCAAUUUUCAUCGAUCUUACACAAAGCAGUAGUGACGAAGAAAUUGAUAACGAUACGGGAUUUAAUAAAACCAAAGUACACAACCACAUUAAUAAUAGCGAUAAUAAGUGUAAAUCCAAUAAUGAUAAUUGCAAUAUUACCAAGUUGUUCAGGAAACACUUAAUUUCAAAUACUCCUCCAAAAACUAGUCCAGUAUUUCCUAAACUAUCGAAUCCAAAUACAACAGCAACAAAAUUGUUAACAACAACAGCAUCACCAUCGCCUACAACAGCAACAACUGUUACUCCAAUUGAAUCUUCUGGCAUAAUCAUUCCACAUAAUAAUCAAGAGCCAAUCAAAAUUAAAGAAAAACAUAGUAAACUAAAACUCGCUAUUAACCGAGAAAUCACCCCUGGCUUUGUUGAUACUAGUCCAAGAGGUCAAGAAAUCAAUGUUUCAAAGUUGCUAUUGGAGCAAAUCGAGAAAAUAAAAAAGAAGUCAAAGGCGCUUACAAUAGGCUCGAAAGAUUUCAAUCCAGUCGCUUUCUUGGAUAAAUUUCAUGAAAAAAAAAAUGCUGAAGUGGAGAGCUCACAAGCACCAGAAUAUAAAGUCGAGUAUGAUCGUGUAAAGAAUGUCGUAUCGAGCAGACUUGAAUACUUUAAUCGUGUGUUUACGUGUCAAACUGAAAAAAAGAAUAAAUUAAAAUUGGAAAGAAGAAAUGCCAAAAGAAAUGUUGCUUUGCAAUGUAUAGAAACUAUUAAAAAAAGUCAUCUUUUUGAUACUCUGAUUACCGUAAUUCAAAUAGAAGAUAAUGUGUUUUCCACUGAAAUGGAAGAAGUAAAAUAUUCUUCACAGGCUUUUCUUAACGCGUUUCAUCAAAAAAUCAUUAUAGGAGAUCAGCCUAAAUACACAAUAGUCACACUACCACAACCUAAGCUCAAUAAAGUAGAAAAUAAAAUGGAUGUUGAUGAGCCAAAUCAACAAAUUGAACUUGACGGGCAAAAUGAUGGACAAAAUGAACAAAUUAAAAAAACAAAGAACAAACCAGCGAAGUGCUUCAUCUGCAUACUUAAAUAUCUCGGAAAAAAAUUCAAAUCUGGUGCAUAUAAUAAUGUUGAAGGAGCAGAGAGAGAGUCGGCUGAUAAAUGUGUCGCCUAUCUUACACGUAUCAGGCCAUAUGAUGUUCGGCUAGUCAAAGAGCUAGAAUUCAAACGAAAUCCUAACUUGGAUAAAUUAUUUGACUCGCAUAAAAUCAGAGUUGACAAUUUCAAUAUUCAUGAUAAAGAAUGCACAGUACCUCAAUCCAAACUUUGGAUUGAUAGAAUAAUCGCUGAGAAUCCAGACAAACUACCACAUGUAAUACUUCAAGAAUUCUGUCUAAAAUUCAAAAUAGGACAAGUACAUUUCAUUCCAAACGAAGCAGGAGAAGGUAGAUUCAAUUAUACACUAAAAAUUGAUGGUAGAGAACCAGUUAGAACUUCCGUGUGGUUUACCGAUGAGACGGAUGCUAAAGCUUAUGUUGCUAAAAAGGAACUAACUGCGCUUUUAAACUUGUAUGAAAUUAACGAACAAGAGGAACUUUUAAGAGUCGCUAAUGAUUAUAAAUUGAAGAUUGGUUUAAUCAGUAAAGAAUAA